UGCAUUUUUUAGGUGAAAAAUGAACAUUUCCAUGAUAAUGAGAUAAACACGCUAUAAAAUCCUCCAAGGUUCUGGCAAUAUCGUGGCAUCAUUUGGAGACAUUAUCUUGCUUUUUAAAGGGUUUAAAGGGCGAGGGCGUGGUUUGUUUACAUUGGUCCUUUAAAUGACGCUGCGAGAGGUACAUUGGUUUUUUCGGCAUGUUUGUAGGUUUUUUCUUUAUAUUUUUAUACCUAAUCUUAGUUAUAAUAAGCAGUGACGUCUGGCAACUUUUCUGAAUGCGAACACAGUACAGCUUCGCCGCUGCUCAGCUGAUUGGAGGGAGAGAGAGUAUUGUUUUGGUUUCUGCGUCGCCUUUCCUCGCAACAAUAUCGCAUUUGGACCAUCAUUAUGUUGAUAUAGAUCAACAGAAGUAUCUACAGAAUGGGGAGAGUAAAGAAACACAUUGCACAGAAGCGAAAACAGGCCUUGAAAGCUGGAAAAGCGAGGCGUGAUAAACAACAAACUCUGCCUCCACCACCACCACCUGUUCCACCCAAACAACAAACUCCGCCUCCACCACCUGUUCCACCCACGAGUGCACAGAAACGGAAGUCACUUGUAACACAGGACAGCAGUGAAAAAAAAGGUGUAAGUAGAGAACACAUAAUCGUUGUGAAGGAUGAUAUAGAGUUUUUAGUGAAGAAUAUGGCCUGUGGUGAAUGUCUGAGUGAUGAGCUGGAAAUAACAUUUACUCAACACCAAAUUGAUACUUACUACAAGGUAAAUUGUGAGAAUGGUCAUGUUAUUAUUGAUACAAAUAUGACUAGGAAACCUAAAAUGCCUGUGAAAGAAAAAUACUACCCUCUGACUACAAUGUUAGUAUUCUGCAUGAUGAUGUUGGGAGUGGGUUAUGAUGGUGUGAGUAAGAUACUGGCGUACCUCAGCCUGAAACACUUUACUGAACAGACUUAUAUUCGUACUGCCAAGUACCUUACUAAGAAGGCCACUAUUCACACUGAUAACAUUCUGGAAAAGAGUAGAAGUGUUGUGUAUGAACAUUAUUCAAAUAAAGAGGGUGGCUUAGAUAAUGGCAUGGCAAAUGUUGACGUAACUUUCGAUGGUUCAUGGCACAAACGUGGCCAUAAAUCAAACUUUGGUGUUGCUGCAACAGUGGAUGUGGAUUUAGGACUAGUUCUGGACUACAGUGUGUGCUCAAAAUUGUGUACUAUGUGUACAAGAAAGAAAAUGGAUCUGAAAAAUGAGAAAAUAACAGAACAAGAUUACAACACAUGGUACGAAAAUCAUCGUAAUGUAUGUGAAGUGAAUUUUAGUGGUCCUUCCGGAGGAAUGGAAAAACAUGCAGCAGUGGAAUUGUGGAGUAACACAACAAGGAACAACAUGAUGUACAGAACUUUUCUCUCUGAUGGAGACAGCUCUGCAUAUAAAGCAGUGUGUGAACUGAACAAUAACAAGGGGCCAUAUGGUGAACAAUAUAAGGUUGAAAAAGCGGAAUGCAUAAAUCAUGUAGCCAAGCGUCUGGGUACAAGCCUUAGAGAGAAGAAAAAGACAGCAGAGAAAGGUAAAAUGAGUGGAAGGCACAAAUUGACUGACUUGGUAAUAGAUCAUCUACAAUUCUAUUUCCAACUCAGUCUAAAAAGAAAACUCCACACCUCCCCCAGUGAGAUGAGGGAUGAGAUCCUCUCAACUUUUUAUCACUGCACUUCAACAGAUGCCAAGCCACAGCACCAACUCUGUCCAAAAGGCAAGGAGUCGUGGUGUUUUUACAACAAAGCCAUGGCUUGUAAUAAGACCCCUGCAUCCCACUCAAGUAUGCUGGUUUACUUUCAUCUGUCACAGAAAGAACAGGAUCAAGUAAAAGCAGUGUACGAUAGACUUACGACGGAUGAAAUGAUGAGUAGGUGCAUAAAAGGACUGACACAGAAUAGGAAUGAACAUUUACACUCUAGGAUAUGGAGAUUAUGCCCGAAACACAGAAAUGCAUCUCCAAGAAUGAUCAAAUUUGCAACAGCCACUGCAAUCGCCAACUACAAUGCAGGCUACUUAGGCAGUAAUUUCAACCAUCUUCUUGGCAUUGAUUUCACCACAUCUAUGGAAACUUAUCUCAAAGAGAGAGAUAAAAAAAUGGACUCCCCUAUCAGGAGGAAAAUGAGGAAGAAGUUCAUCCGAAAAGCGUUGGAAGAUUAUGCUGCUGGAGGCUUCUAAGGAAAAUACACCUGUUCCGGGAAGAAAAAUGCCGUUUUCUCAAUUGUACAUAAACUUACACUGAUUAAAAUUUCAUGUAAAUCCAUCCAUUUUUGUUUAUUUCAUACAAAAAAGCAUAUGCACUCCCU